AUGAAGCACCUACUUUUCCUCAACCUCGAGCUCACUGCAGAGUACGAGCAAAGCCACGAGAGCGACGUUGACCUCAGCAGCGAAGGACACGUUGACAAUAACAGCCGCAGCAACAUGGAUAAUGAUAAAACCCAGAGUCAUACAAGGAAAAUUACAGACUGGAGAAACAGCACUGAUCCAGACUGUAACCAUGGCAGCGGCAUUCAUGAGCCAAAUCUCCAUCAACACCACAGUGAUUUUUAUUGUCAUGAUGGCUCCCACCCCCAUCACUCCAUCCCUAUCCACCUCCUCCACUCCCCCGAUCAAUCCAGCUGCCGCCUGCACCUCCACCUCCUCUGCCACCUCCCCCCCACAGCAAGACAGUAUCACCUCACGGCGUCUGUCCUCUCCGUUCGUCAUCCUUCGAUAGUGCUGCUCUCCACUGCUUCGCCUCAGGCCUUCAAGGUGUAUGAGCAGAUCUGUGCCAUGAGGCCUUCUGGGAGCUGGACGUCAGCCGUCCGAACGCACGUACUGUUCAGCCUGGAGGUCGUCAGCCUAGGGCAUUAUAAUGUCACAGUUGAGGCUUUGAACCCAGUCAGCCGGGCCUCAUUCCAAACACACAUCCUGGUUCAGGAUCCCGUUGGAGAGCUGGAGUUGAGCGUUCCAUGUGUGAUCAGAACAAAUCAGAGACAGGCUGUUUUAUUUAGAGUCGCAGCUGGAUCCAAUGUGACCGUCUAUCUGCUGGUCAACGCAACAUUACUCUACAGAAACAGCAGCUACGCCACAGGAGAGGAGGUUGCGGCGGUUCUGCUUUUCGACCACGUAGGGACGUUUCCGUUUGAGCUCAGAGCCGAGAAUCAAGUCUCUUCUCGAAACAAGAGCGUCAAAGUUUGUGUUGAGGAAAACAGGAAGUCGCCGCCACAAGUUACUGUUGAUCCAAACUGGGAACCACCCACCAGUCAAGUUCCCAGCCUGGGUGUCAGUGGUAAGUGGAUGUGGAUCUAUGCAGUAAAGCCGGCUUAUCCCACGAACACAGACGUAACCUUCGUGGCUGUGGCUGAUGCACCAGAGCCGGUGGAGUUCAUGUGGCACUUUGGAGACUCCGUAUCAGUCAGAACUACCUCGAGAACUGUCACCAAAAGAUACAACAAAGCCAGCAGGUUUGAUGUAUUUGUGGUGAUGUCUGCUGGUCUGGCAUCCGUCACCUCUGACCUGCUCCCUCUGGUGGUCCAGAGAGCGGUGAAGCUCAACAGGCUCGUCCACCAGGCCUCGGUGCUGCAGAAUCAGACGGUAGCACUGAGCUGCCGGGUCAACGUGGGCACCGACCUCACCUUCCACUGGAGCUUCGGGGACGGUUCAUCCAGGCUGGGACAGAGCACGGAGCAGCACAUGUUCCACAGAACUGGGGAGUUCAGAGUCGAGGUAACCGCCUCUAACCUGGUCAGCUCCGCCUCUCUGAGCAGUCACAUCUUUGUUGUGGAGCGACCGUGUCAGCCUCCACCAGUCAAAAACAUGGGUCCUCCCAAACUACAGGUGCGUAGGUAUGAAGUUAUCCGUCUGGGGGUGACCUACGAGACUGAAAUUGACUGCGACACAUCAGGAGGCCUUCAGUACACUUGGACUCUGUUGGACUCUGCAGGCCGGAGCGUCCGUCUGCCUCGCACAGACACACACAGACAGAGUCUCACACUGCAGAGCCACCUCCUGCAGUACGACACCUACAGCGCCACAGCCAGGGUCCAGGUCAUCGGUAGUGUGGUAUAUAGUAACUACAGUGUGAGGGUUCAGGUGAUGCCGAGCCCUCCUGUGGUUUUUAUCCAGGGUGGCACCAAUGUCUUCAUUAACAGCGGGAACGCCACCGUACUAACCCUGGACGGGCAGAGAUCUUACGACCCCGACUUCCCCAAGAACCUGCUCAGCUACAGCUGGACGUGUAAACCACUCAGCUCCAUCAGCACCUCCUGUUUCAACCAACACGUUUCCACCUCCUUGCCUGUGCUCACUGUUCCUGCUGGUUUCUUAAAACGUGACUUUGACCAGUUCCAGUUCACGCUCAUCGUACGCAGCGGGGAGCGCUCAGCUUCCGCAGAGACCUUCCUCACAGUAAAACCCAAUCUGAUUGGGAAGUUGUCCGUUUCCUGCCCUCGUUGCCAGGGCGACCAGGUGAACUGGGAUCAGUUGUUCUCUGUCGACACCUGGUGUGAAGGCUGUGACGUUUCCCUCGCCCAUAUCCAAUACAGCUGGAGUCUGUUCCUGGUUGACGCCUCCUCCAGACCUGUCAUAGAAGUGCCAUUUUGUUCCACAAUGGAUCUCGGUGCUCCCUCCACAAUCAUCGAGGAUCAGACUGCUGAGACGUCCACCCUGCGUCCGUCUGACCGAUCACACGACACCCGAACUGAUCUCAGGACCCGUAAAAUUGGAGCGAGAAGGCGACAUCUUGGCCUGACUGACGGAGAGGAGCCCUCAUAUAAUUCCCCAGGAGAGUUUCCCUCUGCCGAGCCUCAGCCCUCCACUGACUACCCGCCACUCACCCUUGACAGCAGCGGAGACCUAUAUUCAGAGCAGUUUGGCCAAAGCGACAUUAUCAGUGAAUUCCCAGUUGACUCCGACCCCUCUGCUGAGUGGGAGUUUUCUUUUCCGGUCCUGGAGGGUGGUGACAUAGAAGAUCAAGAGUCAGAUUACGACGUUCACUCCCCACAUGCAGAGGAAGGAGACCCUGGGAGUUCUGCAGGAAGACCCACAGGUGUGGAUGGUGAAACAUUCAGUCCAGGAGAAGACGCAGUGUUCGAUCCAGCAGAACAUGAAUCUGAGGGCAGUAAUCUGGUGGUUUCCAGACCCUCUGUCCUGAUCCAGGAGCCAACUUUACUUGAUUUGCCCCGAGACCCAGUGGCCGGAGACGUUUUCAAGUCCUACACUUACACAGGAAUUUCCUCCUCAACGCUCAGGGUAAGACCCUUCAGUCUGAGGCCGGGGAGCAGAUACAUGUUGGAGGUCACAGCCAAAUGUCGGAACAGUUUCGUCGGCCGGACUCAGCUGUUCUUGAACACCAAGCCUGCUCCAGAGGGCGUGAAGUGCCAGGUGCAGCCGGUCGGAGGCACAGAGCUACACACACACUUCAGCAUCUUCUGCACGUCAGGGAAAGAGGAUCUACUGUAUGAGUACAGCUUCAGUGUAGGAGGCAGACCCCGUAGGGUGCUGUACCAGGGGAGAGAUUUCCAAUACUACUUCAGCCUUCCUGCAGGUGACGCCAGUGAUGACUAUAAAGUAACUAUUUAUACUGAAAUCCGAAGCAGCACAUAUGGGACGGCCACUAAACCCUGUCCCGUCAGCGUCAGAGUCCAGCCAAGCUUCCUCAGAGACACAUCCUCCCAUCAGGACCCUGACCUCGAGCUGUCAGCGGCCGGUCUGAGGAACCUGUCGGCUCUGCUGCAGCUUGGGAACAGUCAUGAGGUUCGAAACUACGUCAGUGUUCUCACCACCAUCCUGAACAGACUCAGCCUGGACGCCGAGAUCAACACAAAUGCACAGACACUCAUCCGCAAUGUGCUCAUUUGCACAGUGUGUGAGCUUGAGAGCGGUACAGCGGAACAGGAGUCAAUGUUUGACAGCAUCUGCACUUUAAAAGACCUUUUACAAGUUUCAAAUCAGGUUUCUUUAGCAAGUGUCAGACACGUGACACUUCACAUUCAGACCAUCUCAGACCUGUUUUUGGAGUCCAGCGCUCCAGUCCGAUAUCAUCUGGACCACGAGACCCUUGACACUCUGCUCGUCCUGCUGUCGUACGUCCUGCAGGCUGCUGUCACAGAUCAUGGCAACACACCCGAAACACCCAACAAGGGCAAUAUCACACAGGUACUGGAGUCAGACCCAGUAAAUACCAUUGCGUCUCCCAGGAGCUGCAUACCAGCAUCAUCCAGUGACCCAAUCAGACAGGGAGGAUCAAUUUCAGCAAAGCAAAGGACACGGCUUGUUGAUGAUAUUCUGCAGACUGCCUCAGACCUGAUGCUGAAGUACAUUUUCUUGCACAAGGUCCAGCAGCACCGAGUCAGCACAGGCCUCAUCUCCUUAUACGCUGCCAACCAAAACCAAACCUCCCCGGUCAUCAGCAGCGGCUCAACCACCUUCUACCUGCCUCCUUCUCUGAUCCAGCUUUUGUUUGUGCAUGGCAGUGGAGCAGCAGAGAGCACGCAGCAGGAACCAUGCAUGAUCAGCGUGUUGACCACGCUCAGCCUCAACCCUUAUACCUCUGGUGAUUUACAGCUCACUGGACCAGUGGUUGACUUGAGUCUGUACAAGUGCAGCGGGAGGAGAAAGAUCCCUGUCCGUUCCCUCAAUCAGCCAAUCAGCAUCGAGCUACAGCAUCCACCAAGAAACAAGAGCUCCGGGCGUGAGUACGUCCUCCUCCGCAGCCAGGUCAACUACCACAGCUUCAACAUCACCAGGGAACAUCUGCAGAAGGUCAUCCAGCUGAGCGUGGCGUUCACGCCACCGCCAGACAGAGUGUUUCCCAUCAUGCUGCUCUUCAGGAUGUUCGAGAGGCCGACUCCCAGCAUGCACCACCUGCACAGGACUCAUCAGUGGGAGAGCAACAACAUACGUAUCACUCUGCCCUCGUCCUACCUCAACGCUGCAGGGGUCGGUCACCUGGCUCUGCUGAAUGCUCAUUUUGGGAAAGAGCGAAGACACAAGCAGCUGAGUGAAGAGAUCAGCUACAGUCUCACUGUGGUCAGCAGUCAAUGUUUGACCUGGGAUGGCCACCAGGGGGCCUGGACACAUCUGGGCUGCAGGACACAGCAAGAAGACACAACAGCUGCUGUCAACUGCAGUUGUCACCAGUUGAGGCCUCUGACCGUGGUGCAGCACCAGAUCCAGACCAGACAUGACACAGCUGAUCUGGACCCGUUCCUAAGUGUGUCCCGAGAUCUGACUGUGCUGGUCGUCAUGGUGCUGUGUGUGUGCCUGUACAUCCCCGGGCUGGUGGCGUGUAAGAGAGCUGACGGCGUCUCAGAGAAGAAUGGAAGAGUCCAUUAUCUUUCUGACAACUCUCCAUUGGACCCACAUCUUUAUGCUGUAACCAUCCACACUGGUGUCUGCUCUGCAGCCAGUAUGAGCGCCAAGGUGUACAUGAAGCUUUACGGUGAAGAUGGGAGCUCAUACACAAGAGAAUUACAAGUCCCAGGAUGCACUCUGUUCAGGAGAAACUCUAAGGACACAUUUAUACUUAGUGCAGCAGACAGCCUGGGCUCCGUGCGGAGGCUUCACAUCUGGCAUGACGGCUCUGGACCUUCCCCGGACUGGUACCUCAAACAUGUGGAGGUAUCUGAGGUGACCAGUGAGCACGUGAAAGGACGCGUGUGGCUCUUUGUGGGUCAGUGCUGGUUGGCCGUGAACAAAGGUGAUGGCCAGGUGGAGAGAACGCUGUGUGUUUGCACCCACGGAAUAGGCUUUGCUAAGAUGUUGUGCUUUAAAUUAUCCGACUUCUUGGCCGACUUCCACAUCUGGAUUUCAGUGUACUGCUGCCCCUGCCCUAGCUUUUUCACCCACACUCAAAGACUCAGUGUGUGUCUGCUGCUGCUGUUGGGGUAUGCAUGUGUCAACGCACUCAUCAUAACUCAAAUAGACGAACAGCUACUGAUGGAGUUGGGUAUUCUCGAUGUAUCCGCCGUCUCUGUGACAACAGGACUGCUGAGUUUGGUGGCAGUGUUGCCAGGAGCAACAAUGAUAUCUUUUCUGUUUCGACUGCAUGAGGUCAAGCUGACAAGGUCAGGAGUCCAACAUGCAAAAGGCAGAAAGACUGAGAAUGCUGACCUUAAAGAUGCUCUCCCACCAAAUCACAGUGGGUUCCAUCCCUCCUGGAGCCGUCUGCAGCGGUGGAUGCAAGAAACCUGGAGGAAGAAAUACCAGGGAACAAACUUGCUCCCAGUGUCCAAUGCGAUGCUUGAAAAUAAAGAACCUGAAAACCAACCAGAUGUGAUGGUAAGAAAGGAGGAUGGUCCGGCAGUUGAGAGCAGCGUGGGACUAGCGAUUUGGAAUUUGUCGCUGAUUUCAAAAGGGGAUAAUGAUGAUCGAGCUACUCUGGGAAAAGAAAUUCAUCUUUCAAGUGAAAGUAGCAAGUUUUGUGGAACCCAGAAAGAUGUUUUGUCUGUAUGUAUGAGAGAGGAAGAUCAAGACAAGAAGAAGAAAGAAGAUCCUCAAGGAAACCGUUUCCAUGUAAUGAACAAACUGAACAGAAGAAAAGUUGGACGAGGGUCCCGGUGGUGUCAAUCAUUGGCCUGGACCCUCUGUCUGCUGCUGUCCCUCUCCUGCCUGGUGCUCUCUGCGGUGCUGGGAAUGAGAUUCAGCAGCAGCAAGGUUCUGCUUUGGAUCCACUCCCUAUUUUUCUCCCUGGUUUCUUGCAUCUUCUUCAUCCAGCCGGCCGCGAUACUCACCGUAGCAGUGAUCGUCUCCUUUCGGUACAGAAACAGAACCGACUUCCAUACUUUCUCCGAAAUUAAAGAGUUUGAGAUUCAACUGUGCAGCCACGGUGGUGCUAAUCGACCAGAGGAGCAGUUCAGACCUCCUGCUUUCCCUCAGGACACAAGCUCAUACCUCGACAAGCUGCUUGCUGCUCGUCAGCGAGCUCGCUACCUGCGUCUUGUGCGGCCGCCGGCUCAAGCAGAGCUGAGGAGAAGUCGUGGGAGGAGAAGAAGAGAGACUCUCAUCCAUGACACUCUCAGGGAUUUGUGCAUCUGUGUCUCCAUGAUCGCCCUGAUGCUGUGUGUAACAUAUGGCAGCUCAUUCAGUCACCAUCAUCACCUCAAUAAAGCUGUCAGGAAACAGUUUAUACGGAAUGAUGAUAAUGACUUUAUGUCCAUAAAAACACAUGAGGACUGGUGGAAGUGGACAGAGACCAGUCUCCUCAAUCUGCUGUACAAGAAUGCAUCAACAAGAUCUGAGCAGUCACACAUCCUGAUGGGAGAGCCAAUCCUGUGGAAGUCAGAGGCAUCGAGCUUGUUCCAGGAGAAGGUUCCCAGUGCGACUUUUAUACCAGGACUUCUUCGCUCAUUCUUCUCAAGGAGCGGAGCAUCCACUUACCCUCACUCCAUUGUCAUGGUUCCCACGGCAACGGCCCAGGAGACAUGCGGUCGCCUGGGCUGCUACUCGGGGUCGAGUACUACAAUUGGCUUAGGUCACACGAAGUCGGAGGCCACAUCCAAACUGAAUCUCCUGCAAUCAGGCGGCUGGUUGGGCAGACGGACGGUGGCCCUGAAGGUCCAGUUCACCUUGUACAGCCCUGCACCCAACUUGUUCACCAGUGUGACCCUGCUCACUGAGCAGAGCUGCACCAGUGUCCUGGUGCCCUCUGCUAAAGUGCAGUCUGUCAGGGUGUACCACACUCCUGCUGUGUGGGACUAUGUUGUUAUGGUGUGCCAGCUCAUCUUCCUUCUUCUGUCUCUACUGCAACUCUGUCUUCAAGUGUGCGCCGUGAGGCAGCAAGGGCUGAUGGGAUACUGGAGGAGACCCUGCAACUGGCUAGAACUCACUCUCCUGAUAGUGACCCUCGUGUAUUAUGUUUAUUACAUCUAUCACUCCGUCAUCAUCCUGGAGGCUGUGGAGCUGCUGCAGAGACACAGAGGACAUGUGGAUGUCAGCUUCCUGGCUUCUUGGGAACAAGACGUUCGUGCUCUGCGUGGCGUUACACUUUUCCUUCUCACCCUGAAGUGUCUGACUGUGCUGAGUGUGAGCAGGACCUUGGCUUCCUCUGCUGCACUGCUCACUCGUUCACUCUCCAGCCUCCUCUGGCCAACGGUUUCAGGUCUGAUCCUGUUGGUGGCGCUGUCCUGUGCUGGGAAUCUUCUGUUUGCACAAAGCCACUGGGCUUUCAGCUCCAUUCCUCGCUCCCUUCAGACUCUGCUCUGUCACUUCUGGGCCCUCAGACCCACCAGGAGCCUCCAUCGCCUUCUCUCUGGACGAGACUUCCUGUACAGUGGAGCUAUCUAUCUGUCCUCCACUGUGAUGUGGACAGCAGUGGUUCUUGGUUUGGUGUCCGCCUUGGUCAGAGUUGCCAAAAGAUCUCAGAGCAGGCGGGACGUCUUCACUGCUGCAGAAUUAGCCCGCUACCUGAGACGGAGGAUUUCUGAGGUCACUGGGCAGCGUGAACUCAAAUGGAUUGAUGACCACGUGGAGAGCAGAACUUACUACCUUGAAGAGUUUGAGAGCCUGGUGGACGAGCUGCUGUUCCGACUCAACGCUCUCUCCAACUGCCUGCACCACACGCUUCCUCCGAAACACCAUCAGGACGCGGUGGAGCAGAGUCCCCUACAGGAACCCUCCAACACACAGGACUUUGUGAGAAGACUUGUGGCACAAGAAACAAUCAGGUCCAAGCUUGAGAUGCUGCAGCGAGGAGGCCAAUGGAGAAAUGAUCACUCCUCAGACAUUGUUUUACCAUUUGAUAAUCUGCAGAAAACUGGAGAAAGUCUUGAAGAAAAUCUAAAUGAGAGAAAGCUACAGACUUUUUCAAGGGGACAAAACUGCCUGUCCCUCCCAGAUUCGACAUCACUCAUCAGGAUAUGGACAGAAGAUGAUCUGGAGAAGCAAGCACAGAGUAAAACUCGGGCGACCCACACAGAGGUGGUGGUGGAGGUUCUGGUGCACGAGGAGCCUGGAAGUUCAGAGGCAGAAAAACAGGAAGGUGUAGCAGGUUUUCAGGCUCAGACACUGCGAAGUAAUUCAAAUUAUUAA